CCCCUCCCUCGCCGCCGUUGCGCGCUCCACGCGUAGAGCCGCCGCCGCCGCCGCCGCCGCGUGUCCCCGCUCAGCAGUGCAGCCAGAGCAAGCCAGGGAGGGAGGCCGGAAGGCAGCAGGCGAGGAGAGCGCUCUGGGCACAGGCGGCUGAGGAGAGCGUGGGCAACGAUACGCGGGGUUGCUGCUAGCCGGCGGCGCCCUCCGGUCAGUGCCCAGCCCAUCCGAUCGCGUGGUCGCCGGAGCCGGAGCCGCGGCCGCCCCCGCCCCGCUUGGCCCCGCGGCCCCGGGAUGCAGCCGGGGCAUGGCCGACGGGCCUCUGGCACCUGCCGCCGGGAACGUUGAGACCGUUGAAAACCAUUCUAUGAGAACCUGACUCUUCUACCUGCUCCUCCCCAACAAUCUUCCACUCCAGGAAGGUUUCAGAAAGAACCAGCCCCACAAGAGGCCUCCCUGCCAGACCUCACUCUCUGCUUCCAGUCCUCAGCCCGGACCUCAGGAGAAAGACUCUGUCAUCCUCUCCCUGGAGUGGGCCCUUGGCCCCUUCUGUGGGGAUCAUCUUCUGCUUACAGAGAGCCCAGAGUGCCUGGGGAACGUUGGCUGAAUUAAAGGAAGAGUGACUGGGAAGAGGAACUGAAGGACUUUGAGGCCUUGAGGCCCUUCCCAUGGCCAUAGAUCUUGGAGCUCUAAUCCAGGAAGUCAGGACACCACGGCUCCACCUGAAGAGAUGGCCCAGCCCUACCCCCCUGCCCAGUACCCACCUCCACCACAGAAUGGCAUCCCUGCCGAGUACGUCCCCCCUCCACCACACCCCCCACAGGAGUACUCAGGCCAGACGCCGGUGCCCCCGGAGCAUGGCCUGACCCUAUACACACCAGCACAGACCCAUCCCGAGCAGCCCGGACCCGAGCCCAGCACACAGCCCAUCGCAGGGACCCAGACUGUGCCGCAGACGGAUGAGGCAGCCCAGACAGAUAACCAGCCGUUGCACACCUCAGACCCCACAGAGAAGCAGCAGCCCAAGAGGCUCCACAUCUCGAACAUCCCCUUCCGAUUCAGGGACCCCGACCUGCGGCAAAUGUUUGGGCAAUUUGGAAAAAUUUUAGACGUGGAGAUCAUUUUUAACGAGCGGGGCUCCAAGGGUUUUGGGUUUGUAACUUUUGAAACUAGCUCAGAUGCUGACCGAGCCCGGGAGAAGCUGAAUGGGACGAUCGUAGAGGGACGGAAAAUUGAGGUCAAUAAUGCCACGGCCCGAGUUAUGACCAACAAGAAGACUUCAAACCCCUACACCAAUGGCUGGAAGCUAAACCCUGUGGUAGGCGCAGUCUAUGGGCCUGAAUUCUAUGCAGUGACGGGUUUCCCUUACCCUACCACGGGCACAGCCGUUGCCUACAGGGGCACACACCUACGCGGCCGGGGCCGGGCAGUGUACAACACGUUUCGGGCUGCGCCGCCCCCACCUCCCAUUCCAGCUUAUGGAACGGCACUGGAGCAAACGCUUGUUAAAAUGCCAGUCCCAUGGGCAGGGCUGGCACCCUGCCCCCUCCCUCCGCAGACACCGGAGCCGGCCUACCCCACUUCUCCAGCGUUCCCACCACUUUCUUGUCCGUUUGCUUCCAGGGUCGUGUAUCAGGAUGGCUUUUAUGGUGCUGAGAUUUAUGGAGGCUAUGCGGCCUACAGAUAUGCUCAGCCAGCAGCAGCAGCCACUGCAGCCUACAGUGACAGUUAUGGCCGAGUCUAUGCUGCCGCUGACCCCUACCACCACACCAUUGGCCCAGGAGCCACCUACAGCAUUGGAACCAUGUGAAAGCUUCCGCCGUUUUCUUCUUGGACCUUGAAGGGCAAAGACAAAAAUCAAAAACAAAAACAAACAAACAAAAAAAAUCACAAAAAAAAAAAGACGUUAAGAUCCAAGCAACAAACUAACCAACCAAACCAAGAAGCAUCCACGUCCAAGGCUCACGCCGGCCACUCAGCUCAGCAAGGAAGCACGCUGGAGGGUGCCUCAGCCACGGAGACUGGGCCCCCUCACCCCAGCUGGCAGCACCACAGUGUGGAGGAUAGGAGGUGGGGGGGUCCUUGUUUUAUAUCAAGUCUUCCUUCCCUAGCCCCCACCUCCAGGGCUGCAUGGGGCCCAGCAGUGUCCCAGGCCACUGUCAAAGCAGGAAGGGUGAGCAGAUUGGCCCUGAGCUAUGCUAUCCAGUGGGCAGUGGAGGAACAGCAGCCGUUCACUGGCACCCUUGUGUUAUGCUCCUGGGCCUCAGCUCCCAAUGCCAUGCUACUGUGUAGGAGCCCAUGGGCACUGCACACCAUCCCACCCUAACACCAAGGGCUGACAUGGGUUCAGAACUAUGAAGUGCCCUCAUUCUCACAUGUGAGAAUGAGGCUGCUGGGCCAGGAAUGAGGCUCUCAUACCUAAACACUUGUGGAACAUGGCAGGAGCCUGGGGCUUGCUCUGCAGGCUGGUCUGGAGGAGCCCAGGACUGACCAUAUGCACUGCCUGCAGGGAAGAGCCCUCCCUGUCACCACAGCUGUCCUGCAGGGAGCAGAGGGCCGGCAGCCCAGCUUCUGGCUGAGGUUGGGAGUCACAGUGCCAGGUGUUCACAUGCCUUUGCCAGAGCAGGGACUGCAGGGACAGAUGGUGGGGAGGACCGGAGAGCUCUGGUGGGUCCUGGGUGGGGUAGGGGGAACAGAUGCCAGACAGCAUACCCCUGGCUAGGCAGGGAUGGCCAGAAUAGAGGAAGCAGCAAAAAAUGCCCCUCCACCCCCAACUUGGCUCUAUCUCAUGAAACUGAAAACAAAAACAAAACCCUACACCUCACUUUGUACUCAGCAUCAGCUACUGAAGCAACUGAAAUGAGAUUCUCCUUUUCUAUGCCCGUUGUACAUAGCCCCCCUCCCUGCCAGCCCAGCCUCCGCUUCGCCCUGCUGCUGACCUGGACCUCAUCCAGCAGCCUGCCCACUCCCACACCCCUACCCCCUAGGACUGCAGCCAGGCCCAUCUCCCUUUCUUACCAUUGUGUAUGCUUCCAAGGUGUGACCAUUCAGAUUAACAGUAUUAUUAUUAUUAAUAUUAUUAAUAAAGAUUUUUCUUCAAACCAA